CUUGGCCUCCUCCUCCGCCUCAUUCUCGCCGGACAACUCCUCCAGCGACUUCCCAUUCGACUCCGGCACCAGAAACGUGAAACAAAACCCCACCAAAUUAAUGAAUCCCAUCACUAUCAGCGACCACUUCAUCCCAAUCCCAGUGGGAUACCCUUUAUCCACCUUCGCCGGAUCCGUCGACUGCGACGCGUACAAGAACCCGAACGCCCCCACGAUCGCCCCGGCCUUCCCCGCCGCCGCCGAUAUCCCGUGGCACGUCGACCUCAGCCUCGCGGGGAAUAUCUCCGCGGGGAGGAUAAACGUCGUCGCAUUGGGCCCGAAGUUGGCAAAGAAGAAAGUCAGCCCGUAGAAGACCAGGAACCACACGUGGUUCCCUUCCAGCGUCCAGUGGUGGUACGGAAUCGCCAGCGCGAACAUGAACACCGUCAUGCCAACGAACCCGACCAGCUGAAUCUUCUUCCUCCCCAUCCAGUCGAUCAGCGCCACCGUGACCCAGUACCCGGGGACCGUACCGCAGAGCGCGAUGAUCGUCUGUGCCCUGGCCACCUUGAAAACCUCGUGGAUCCCGUUCAUCGUCGCGGCCGGUGGGAUCCACUUGAUGGCGGUGAAGAUGUCCUUCUGGAAUAGGUUCUGGCUGUAGAACGCGAUGUCGAGGAGGAACCACGUGGACGUGGUCCCCAGGAGGUGGAGCCCG